CAUUUCAUGGCAUGAUGAGCCCAGCAGCUCCUGGCUGAGCUCCAACUCAUGUUCUCUCUCCUCAGAGCUCAGCCCCACAGUGCUGGAAGUGGCUUCCCCAUGGCUGCAGCCAGCAGCGAAGGGACAACAGGGACCCAGCUCCUGCCAGCUGGCACUGCCCUGGCCCUGCUCGGUGGCCUGGUCUACCUGGGCACCUUGUGUGCUGCCUGUAAACGGAAGGGCAGGAAGAAGGUUGCUCCAGAUGGGGUGAAGCUCAUGGAUGAGGCCCUGCUCUGCCAGACACAGCUGCGGUCACUCAGCAAGUCGGACACGAAGCUGCACGAGCUGUACCGGGUGAAGGUCAGAGAUGACGUGCAGCGUCCAGCCAGCCUGGAUCUCCACUGUCCCACGGCCCCUGGAGGCGAAUCCCUGCACAGCUCUGGCCUCCUGCACCGUGAGCUGCCCCAGAUCCCCAUCCCUGAGCCCCUGGCCACCUCCCCAGCCCCCGACCAGACCUACUCCAACCUGCUCUUCACCCCGCUGAGGAAACCAGCACCAGACUCUGUUUAUGAGUGCCUGGCAGUGGGGGGGGAGGAUGCCCCCGUGCCCCCCAUGCCAGCUGGCACCCAGGUGUCCCCUCCACGGGCUGCGCAUGGGGCAGCUGAUUACGCCUGUGUCCAUAAAGUGAAGAAGGCAGUGUCGGUGGAGGUGCAGGAUGGGGCUGUGGCAGGACCCCCUGGAGCACAGCACUGCUGGGAUGGUGCAGGCAGUGCCCCUCAAGACAAGCUGGAGGAGAUGUACUCGACGGUGUGCAAAGCCACCAAGAAGAAAUCCCAGGUCCCUGCAUCAACCCUGAGGGUUCUGAAGGAGGUGGGUUCUGGGUGGCCACCCCCACGCCAGCAGGAGGGGCCCCCAGCAGCCCCAGGCCCCCCUGACCCCUGCUACGAGUCCAUCAACAACAGAGCAUGGACUGCUCAGGGCUGUGGCCCUGACCCUGACUAUGAGGCUGUGGACAUCAACUGGAAGAAGGCGGCAAAACGGGACAAGCCAGGGAAGCCCUGUGUCCCUGAGAACCUGUAUGAGAGUGUGGUGGACAUUUGGGCAGGGGAGCCCCGGAAAGCCUCUGCCCGGACAGCAGCCAAUGGGCUGGAGGUUUACAUCACCAAUCUAUAGCCCCCCCAGGGGCAGGGGCAGUGCCACAAGG